AUGUCAUCUCCGGGCAUGGGCACCCCCAGCGACCCCCUCCUGGCCAGCCCAGGUAUCUGGAGGAGCACGCUCCCCAAAACUGCCAGCUUCCCAACGUCCACCACCCGGCUCCUCAGUCACCGCGCCAACAACUUCCAGAGACAGCCGAAGCAUCGGAAGUAUAUAAGACCAUCUCCGCCUCCACCGCCCAACACGCCCUGUCCUCUGGACCAGCUGGACCUCAGUGAACUUCCUCCAAGACGGACCUUUCAUGAGCUGCUCUUCAAUGGCUGCGUCCUGUUUGGGAUUGAGUUCAGCUAUGCCAUGGAAACAGCUUAUGUGACGCCUGUGCUUCUACAGAUGGGCCUUCCCGAUCAGUUCUACAGCUUGGUUUGGUUUAUUAGCCCAAUACUCGGAUUCCUCGUUCAGCCUCUCCUUGGAGCAUGGAGUGAUCGAUGUACAUCCCGGUUUGGGCGAAGGAGACCAUUCAUAUUUGCCUUGGCUAUAGGGGCUUUGCUCGGUCUAACCCUGGUGCUGAAUGGGCGUGACAUUGGAGUAGCUCUGGAUGACACAGCUUUUAAUCACAAGUGGGGCAUUAUCCUGACAAUAUGUGGUGUGGUCCUGAUGGACUUUAGUGCUGAUUCAGCCGACAACCCAAGCCAUGCCUACAUGAUGGAUGUAUGCAGCCCAGAAGACCAGGAUCGGGGCCUGAACAUCCAUGCACUGCUGGCAGGACUAGGAGGUGGGUUCGGCUACAUCGUGGGUGGCAUCAACUGGGACGCGACACAGUUUGGAAGGUCAAUGGGGGGUCAACUGCGGGUUAUAUACGUGUUUACAAGCAUCACUUUGGUGAUCGCCACAGCCAUGACCCUGACGAGUAUCCCUGAGCGGACGCUACCAAAGAGCCAGCCAAACAAAAACUCCAGCCAAAACCAUCUGAAGAGCCCUAGUCUUCCUCUCCCUUUCUCUCCUCCGGUCCGCUCCGGAUCCAAUUUGGGACUGGACGAGGAAGAUGAGGAUGGUCUUUACAGCUACAAUUUCACAAAAUCUCACCCUCCAGACCCUCUGGCCCAUUCUUGCAGUGCCAAUGCAUGCCUCUGUGUCGGCCUCAGUAGCCCCAUAUCGCCACUGAGCCCCCUCACUCCCAAAUAUGGCAGCUUCCUCAGUAGGGACAGCUCGCUCACUGGCAUUAACGAGUUCGCCUCCUCAUUAGGAACCUCCUACAUAGACAGUGUGCUCAUAGACUGCUACACGGGUCAGCAGACACCACAAGCCCUCGCCCCGAACUCCACCACUGCACCUUUGCCUCCAGGGGACUCCCCUCUUCCCGAGGGGUCCACACAGGGGACAGGGAGUCAUCCUGUAAGACAGACCCAGGCUGAGGUGGAGUCUCAUCCAGCCACAGAAGCUCAGGAUGCAGAAGCGCCCAAGCCCGAGGGAGAUGCACAAUCUCAUGGAGCAUCUCAGGACACAGCUGGAGGUGAGCCAGGUGUGGGGUCACACCGGGGCUCCAACGCUGGUAUCCUGAAAAGACCCCAGAGUCUUGCACUGAUAGAGGAGCCCAUGGCAACGCAGGUUGUCGGGCUAGAGAACGGACGCAGGAGAACAGUGACCUUCAGCCAGCAGGUUGCAAACAUUUUGCUGAAUGGGGUGCGGUAUGAGAGUGACCUGAGUCAGAAAGUAGAGACAGGAGAAUCCCACAUGUCAAUGAAGCUGCUGUGUAUAGCCAUCUACAGGAUGCCUCCCUCCAUGCGGAGUUUAUGCACUAAUCAUUUUUUGGGCUGGCUGUCCUUUGAAGGCAUGCUGCUCUUCUACACCGACUUCAUGGGGGAGGUUGUGUUCAAAGGAGACCCCAAAGCACCCCACGACUCGGAGGCUUACCAACGCUACAAUGCCGGCGUUAGCAUGGGCUGCUGGGGCAUGUGCAUCUAUGCAUUCAGUGCUGCUUUCUACUCAGCCAUAUUGGAGAAACUAGAGGAGCGUUUCUCUCUUCGCACUCUGUAUUUUUUUGCCUACUUGGCGUUUGGUUUGGGCACAGGUCUUGCCACACUGUCCACCAACCUCUACGUGAUACUGUCUCUCUGUGUCACCUACGGAGUGCUCUUCUCCUCUCUAUGCACCCUGCCUUACUCUCUGCUGUGUGAAUACUACCAGAGCCCUCAGUUUUGUGGCUCAUCAGAGGAAGGGACCAAACGAGGGAUGGGGGUGGACAUCUCUCUGCUCAGCUGCCAGUAUUUCCUGGCUCAGAUCCUGGUCUCUGUGGCGAUGGGACCUCUGACCUCACUGGUGGGUGGGGCCCAGGGAGUGAUGUACUUCUCAAGCCUGAUGUCAUUCGUGGGCUGCCUGUACUCCUCCCUCUGCGUGGUCUACCACCUGCCCCCCCAUGAGGGUGAGCCCACCGAUAGCGAGACCCAGCCACUAUUGUUGCACAUUUAG